AUGGGUUUUGACGAAGGGCAAAUAACUUUAAGCAGCGACAAUGGUGUAUAUUUCUGUGGCCAACCGAUACAUGGUAAACUGGUUUUCAACCAGGAUAAAGUUAAAUCAUUCAGAGGGAUAUACGCAAAGCUAAAGGGUUACUGUAAAGUCCAUUGGACUACCCAGGAGACACGCACUCAUCAAGGCAAACAUGAAACUCACACUGUGCAUCAUGAUUCCUAUGAAGAGUACAUUAAUCACAAGAUGUAUAUUAUUGGAAGUGAAAGUGGCGAAGUUGAAUUAAAACCAGGUCACUAUGAAUUCCCGUUUCAAUUCAUUUUACCGCCGAACUGCCCUUCGUCCUUCGAAGGCACCGUAGGACACGUUCGUUACGAGAUAAAGGUAGUGGUGGACCGGGCCUUCAAGAUAGAUCAGGAAAAGAAGGUCGCAGUACGCGUUAUUUCAUUACUUGACUUGAAUCAAGAUCCUUAUUGUAGGGAACCAAUGCAAUUUGAGUUUGACGAUACAUACUGCUGCUGUUGUUUUAGUCGAGGGGCAACGGAUACUGUAGUAAAACUACCGGUCUCGGGUUACUGCCCUGGGCAGGUGGUUAAAUACCAUGCGGUGACAAACCGUGCUACGAAAGAAACAAAAGAUGUCGUAGCUGAAAUCAAGAAGGGUCCUGUGCCUGGAAACACGACUCGAAACUGGAAUGUUGAGAUGAUAGUACCUACUGUAGACACAUAUAAUCUGAAUUCAUGUCAAUUUAUAGAUAUCACGUAUAAGUUCAAGGUUGUGGUAUCUCCAAGUGGUUGUCACACUGAUACUGAGGAUUCUAAACGUUUAGUAAUCGGGAACGUUCCAAUAGUGGGUUUCCAGGAUAACAUACAAAACCCACUACAGGACCAAAUGCCGAAAGUGAUAGCGCCUACAGUAAAUCAAGUGUACCCUAGUAACACUCCCUAUCCUUGUGGUAAUCCUGGAACAAAUGCAUAUCCACAACCAAACAACACUUCCUAUCCUGGAGUGAGUUAUCCAUCACAAACCGGCGGUAACCCCCCAUAUCUAAUGCCGCAAAAUCCUCAAUUUCCAACGUCCCAAAAUGCUGUACCACAAUAUCCUACAGUAACACCAUAUCCACAAAAUCCGCACCAACCAUAUCCUCAAUGCACUCCGUAUCCCCAGAAUACACCAUAUUCAAAUGAUUCACAACCACCUCCAUAUCAAGAAUCUGGGUCAUUUGGUUUUACAAUGCCAUCACCGGGGCCGAUGCGAGGCAGUUCUCCGAAUCCUCUACCGUAUCCCGCUCCACCCAACCCAUAUGCUACAGCCAGUGCUCCCCCCGAUACCCAGGACAAGGAAAAAUUAUAA